UUUCCCAGCUCAUCCAAGGGGCAUCCCAAGAGCAGCGGCAGAACCUGGGCAUCAUGAGCCCGGAUUAUUACUACUACCUGAACCAGUCGGACACGUACCAGGUGGAGGGCACGGAUGACUGCAGUGACUUCCAUGAGACCAUGAACGCCAUGCAGGUCAUCGGCAUCCGGGGCGAGGACCAGCAGCUGGAGGCGCAGGCCCUCCACCUGGGAAACAUCAGCUUUCAGGAGGAAGGCAACUACGCUCGGGUGGAAAAUGCUGACUGCCGGCUGGGGGAAUCUCCUUCCCUGCCCCCCCAGCAAGGAGAGUGGCUGGAGCAGGGGGCUGUUAGCGGACCAAGAAGGGUCCCUGGAGCAGCACCCAGAGGCUCUGCUGGUUUGGGUCCCCCCAAUGCGAAAAACGGCUUUGAGCAAUUCUGCAUUAACUUCGUGAACGAGAAGCUGCAGCAGAUCAUAGAGCUGACCCUGAAGGCAGAGCAGGAGGAAUACGUGCAGGAGGGGAUCAAGUGGACCCAGAUCCAGUACUUCAACAACAAGGUGGUGUGCGACCUGAUAGAGAACAAGCUGAACCCCCCUGGGAUCAUGAGCGUCCUGGACGACGUCUGUGCCACCAUGCACGCCACCGGCGAGGGAGCGGACCAGACCCUGCUGCAGAAGCUGCAGGCGGCCGUGGGCACCCACGAGCACUUCAACAGCUGGAACUCGGGCUUCGUCAUCCACCACUACGCAGGCAAGGUUUCCUACGACGUGAACGGAUUCUGCGAGCGCAACCGGGACGUGCUCUUCACCGACUUGAUCGAGCUGAUGCAGAGCAGCGAAUAUGGUUUCAUCCGGAUGCUUUUCCCAGAAAAGCUCGAUUCUGACAAAAAGGGACGACCAACCACCGCGGGCUCCAAAAUCAAGAAACAGGCGAACGACCUGGUGAACACGCUAAUGAAGUGCACGCCACACUACAUCCGCUGCAUCAAACCCAACGAGACCAAGAAACCCCGGGACUGGGAGGAGAGCAGGUAACGGAGGUCCUCUGCCAUCUCUCAGGGAGCCCAGGGAAUGUGACCCAGGCACGGGGCUGUGGCCAGGACCAGCUUCUCUCCCAAAACUGCACCCCGCUACGCCAUCCUCACCCCCGAGACGUGGCCGUCCUGGCGUGGGGACGAGCGGCAAGGGGUGCAGCACUUGCUGCGCUCCGUCAACAUGGACCCAGACCAGUACCAGAUGGGUCGGAGCAAGGUGUUUGUCAAGAACCCCGAAUCGCUUUUCCUCCUCGAAGAGAUGCGGGAGCGGAAAUUUGACGGCUUCGCCCGGGUGAUCCAGAAGGCCUGGCGCCGGCACGUCGCCAUCCGGAAGUACGAGCAGAUGCGGGAGGAGGCCUCCAACAUCCUCUACAACUUCAAAGAGCGGAGGAGGAACAGCAUCAACAGGAAUUUUGUGGGUGAUUACCUGGGCAUGGAGGAGCGGCCGGAGCUGCGCCAGUUCCUGGCCAAGCGGGAGCGGAUAGACUUCGCCGACUCCAUCACUAAGUACGACCGGAGGUUCAAGCCCAUCAAGCGGGACUUCAUCCUCACCCCCAAGUACUUCUACCUGAUCGGGCGGGAGAAGGUGAAGAAAGGUCCUGAGAAGGGGCAGAUCAAGGAGGUUCUCAAGAAGAAGGUGGAGCUC